AUGACAGACCACGCAACUUAUUGCACCGGCGUGGACGACUCUUGGAAGGUUCACGCAUCGACCUGUCGAGGAGGGUUCGACUUCACGCUGCUCUUCGAAGAAGUCGUUCUAGGUAUCCUACCAAUCGUCCUCGCCAUAGUCAUAUCUCCUUUUCGGAUAUAUGGCUUACUUCGAACCACCAGUAAGAUCGAGCACUCAAAGCGACCAAUCUACAAGGCGGUUGCAUGGAUUCUCUGGAGCGCAUUGCAGUUCCUGCAAGCGGUUCUGUGGGCCCUGCCAAAUGCUAAAAAAACGAGGCUUUCCUUUGCAUCCAACCUGAUUAUGGGCUGUGGAUCCAUAAUUCUCUGUGUCCUUUCAUACAUAGAGCACUCUCGCAGUGUGCGUCCGGCAUUCCUGUUGGAGCUCUAUUUGCUGGUCACUCUCCCCUUUGAUGCUGCGCGGACAAGAACGCUAUGGCUGCGCGACGGCGGGGAUGUUAACAAAUUGAUGGCAGUCGUCGCCAGUUUCGCUAUCGGGAUCAAGACCCUUCUUGUCCUGUUGGAGUCAUGGCAGAAGAAAGCCAUCCUCAAAGACAAGUAUAAGCACUAUCCAGCAGAAGCAUGCGCGGGCCUCGCCAAUAGGGCAUUUUUCUGGUGGUUAAAUCCGCUGUUCCUCAUGGGUUUCCGCAAGACACUGCAGGUCGAAGAUUUGUAUACUCUAGACAAGAGAUUAGAGUCGCCUCGUUUGCAAAACCAAAACGGCAAAUCUUCGCUCAUCGGCGUUGUCUUCAAGACUUUCAAAUGGUCGAUCUUGGCAGUUAUUCCACCUAGGCUGUGUAUGAUUGGAUUGACGUUCUGCCAGCCCCUUCUUCUCCACAAGGCCAUGGAGCUGUCUGCGGAGGAAGUGUCGACUGAAUCAACGCACAUCGGAUAUGGACUAAUCGGCGCGUAUGUACUGGUUUACGUUGGAAUGGCUAUUAUGAUGAGUCAACAGCAGCAUCUAACAUACCGUGCGAUCACUAUGGUCCGUGGUGCGUUGGUUUCGCUGAUCUAUAAAAAGGCAAGCGUGCUGUCGAUCCAGGAUGCCGAUCCGGCAGCUUCCUUAACCCUAAUGACAGCAGACAUUGAAAGGAUCGUCCAGGGAUGGCAGACGAUGCAUGAAAUCUGGGCGAACGCUACUGAGAUCGCGCUUGCUAUUGUUCUUUUAGAAAGACAACUGGGCAUCGCGUGUGCUGUUCCCAUUGGGGUUGCCAUCUUCGCUCUCUUGGGUUCCAUGGUUGCCAUGUCCGGUGUGAUGGCCAAACAAGCAAAAUGGCUUGAGGCUAUUGAAAAACGGAUUUCCUCAACUGGGGCCAUGCUUGCCUCAAUCAAGGGGGUCAAGUUAUUAGGGCUGAAACCAACCCUCAUGGCUUCGAUUCAAAACCUGCGGUUAGAAGAGUUGGACAUCUCAAGGGGUUUUAGAAAGCUGCUGGUCUGGAACAUGGCAUUCGCAUGGCUGACCCGAAUUUUCGCUCCCAUUGUGUCAUUCGCAGCAUUUGUUGCCAUAUCCGAAAAGUCAGGAGAUGGCCCUUCACUUGAUAUUAACAUGGUAUACACAUCGCUGUCACUAUUCGCACUCCUGGCCGAUCCAUUCUUGUCUCUCGUGAUGGCCCUCAUGGGGUUCCUCGGGUCUAUUGGGUCCUUCGCCCGAAUCCAAGAGUUCCUUAACAAGGAAACGCAUCAAGCGGACUCUGAGCCACCUCGAUGGAGCUCAGUAACAAGUUUGCGAGAAAAGCGAGAUACCUCAAGCACAUCCAGUACCCUCACACUCACCGAAGACAAGAACACACUAUCCAGUCAAAUGAAAUUCGCGCUCCCCCUCAUGGACAUGAUCAUGGUUGAGAGCGCAAGCUUCGGGUUCGACCCCAAAGCUGAGCCAAUUCUUGAGGCUAUCAGAAUGACUCUACCUGGGCGGAGUUUCUCAAUUAUUGUCGGUCCUUCCGGAUCUGGUAAGUCGAUAUUGUUGAAGGGUCUACUUGGAGAGGUUCCGUGUCUUGAAGGUAAGGUCAAGAUGUCUUCAGACAGCAUCGCAUACUGCGACCAGACUCCUUGGCACAUGAAUGGCACUAUUCGUGACAGUAUCACGGCCAUGUCUGAGUUCGACCUCCUCUGGUACACGACGGUCAUCAGAGCAUGUGCUUUGGAACAAGAUCUUGCACAAUGGCCGCAGGCAGAUCAGGCUAUGAUUGGCAGUCGAGGUGUCGCACUCAGCGGUGGCCAAAGCCAAAGAAUUGCACUGGCAAGGGCAAUCUACGCCCGAAAGCGUCUCUUAAUCCUCGAUGAUGUAUUUAGUGGUCUUGAUGCGGCGACGGAGAAUCAUAUUUUCUGCAGUCUGCUUGGAGUGAACGGACUGCUGCGGGAAGCUGGAACCACAGUUAUUCUUGCUUCGUCCUCGGUCAAGCGCAUCCCGUAUGCCGACCACAUCGUCGUGUUGAAUGAAGAGCGGAGGUUAACAGAGUCGGGGUCUUUUGGCGAGCUCGCCGAGCAAUCCGGCUACAUCUCAAGCUUCUCUCUGCCAUCUCCAAACUGGGAUGCGACUGUCGAGACGGAAUACGUCCCCAAGUCUAAGCCUUCCCGGACAUCGGUCCAACCAGUCAAGAAAGAAGAUUGGAGUGAGGAGAAUGUACACAAACAUAGGGGCAGCUUGGGGACCUACCUGUUCUACAUCCGUGCAGUCGGUUGGAUACCCACCUUGAUCUUUCUAGUCACCAUCGCCGGGUUUGUUUUCUGCAUAUCAUUCCCAAGUAUCUGGCUGAAAUGGUGGGCUGCUGCGGAUGCAGCAGAGCCUGGGGAGCACACCCAGCAUUAUGUCGGUAUUUAUUUUGUGCAAGGAGGACUGGCCAUGAUUUGUCUGCUUGUCAGCUGCUGGGAUGUGAUCGUAACUUCGGUGCCAAAAUCAGGCGAAAGGUUCCAUGCCUCUCUUUUGGAUACUGUUUUAAGUGCACCGAUGCGAUUCCUGUCUACUACGGACAGCGGAUCCAUUCUCAACAGAUUCAGCCAGGAUUUGCAGCUCAUCGAUAUGGAGCUCCCCGUUGCUGCCAUCAACGUUGUUGUCACGUUCUUCCUAUGCGUCGCACAAAUGAUCUUAGUCGCCGUGGCAUCAGUGUAUGCUGCGAUCGCAUUCCCCGUGAUCCUGCUAUCGCUAUACGGCAUACAAAAGGUGUAUUUGCGAACAUCUCGCCAGCUCCGAAUUCUGGAUAUCGAAGCCAAGGCGCCAUUACUGUCACAUUUUACUGAUUGCCUGAGUGGGCUGGUCACUCUUCGGGCAUUUGGGUGGCAGGAUGCAAUGGAAGAAAGGAGCUUGAAAAUACUCGAUUACUCCCAGCGUCCGUUCUAUUCAAUGUACUCGGCUCAGCGUUGGCUAACCCUUACCUUGGAUCUUGUUGUUGCGGGUAUCGCCGCUGUCUUGAUCAUCCUUGUGGUUGCCCUGAGGGGUACGCUCAACGCCGCUUACGUCGGGGUCGCUCUGUUCAACGUAAUCCUUUUCAGCCAGACCGUUAAGCUCCUAGUCCAGUUCUGGACGAACAUGGAAACGCAUAUCGGCUCUGUCGUGCGGGUAAAAGACUUCACGUCGAAGGUGGAAAAGGAAGAUCUGUCAUGCGAAAACAAUGCCGUGCCAGCCACAUGGCCGAGUCGGGGGGGCAUUGAGUUCCGCAACGUCUCGGCAGCAUACAGUUCGGACCUUGUGUUGAAGGAUGUUUCCCUCUCAAUUCGACCAGGGGAGAAGGUUGGAAUCUGCGGGAGGACAGGAAGUGGCAAAACAUCUCUGAUGCUAAGUAUAUUUCGCAUGAUUGAACUCAAUUCGGGUACAAUCGAUAUUGACGGUCUCGAUAUCUCGACAAUUCCUCGUCAGGAAAUCCGCUCCCGCCUGAACGGGGUCUCACAGGAUACGGUCUUCAUCAAGGGUAGCGUUCGACUGAAUGCCGACCCGACUGGUUCCAGCUCCGAUCGGGCGAUUUGGGAUGCCUUGAAGAGUGUCCAGUUAAUGAACGUGGUCCAGGACAAGGGCGGUCUCACGGUAAACAUUGAUGACCUCCAUUUGUCACACGGACAGAAACAACUCUUCUGCCUUGUGCGCGCAGUCCUUCACCCAAGCAAGAUUCUCGUCCUAGACGAGGCCACCAGCAAUGUGGACAGUAAGACUGAUCAGACUAUGCAACGAGUGAUUCGGGAGAAAUUCUCGAACCACACCAUUCUCGCCGUGGCACACAAGCUGGACACCAUUCUGGAUUAUGACAAGGUUGUGGUGUUGGACCAGGGACAGGUAAUAGAGUGCGAGGAUCCGUAUUCACUGUUGACGCGUGAUUCGGCAUUCAGUAAGCUAUAUGCUCAUUCUCUAUCGUCUGAGGAAGAGCAGCGGUGA